AUGCCCAUCUUGCAAUUACCUCAAGUUCCGGCCACGAUGUAUCGGAAGCUGAAGGCCGAGCUUGCAUCAAACGGUCCAGUGGAAACGUCCAUCCAAGAGACGGAUGCAGCCGGCGAUGAGACAAUGAAGGAUGCGCAGGAGUGGAGGGAAACAGAGAAAGAGCUGCAGCAGGCAACGGAAGAUUUGGGCAAAGCAUCACACAAGGCUGCCAAGGAUCUUCAAAAAGGCACCAAGGAACUGCAGAAGGCACGUUCUCACUCUGCCCAGAACAUUGAGAAGGAACGCAUGCCGGCUUGUGCAACACAGCUUGGCUUUUCCUGUGUGGAUGCAAGCUCCGUUGAUCAGGAGCUGGAGAAGGAGCAAGAGGACAGCAACUGCUUCCAUGCCCUGAUUCGCCAAGGUGAAGAUGGGCAGUGGAGAGAGGACAAAAAUAUCAAGUGCGUUCCUGCAAAGGCGUCUCAGGACAAGUUCGUCCUGCUCAGGAACGAGGUAGAGGAGGAUUUGAAGCACUAUGGCCUGAUGGACUCCAAUAGCUUGAAGCAGUUGUGGAAAAAGCUUGACGCGAACGGCAACAACGUUGUCAGCCUGGCAGAGAUUGACAACCUUGUCGUGGACAUGGUUAAGGCCAGUAUUUGGCCCGACUGGGUGAACAACAAGGAUGCGAUUCGCAGAGCUUACGAGAAGACCAUCAAGCUGGAUGGUGAUGGGGACGAUUGGGUGGAGAAGGAAGAAUUCCACUCGCUGCUCCUGAACCUGUUCUGGUUUGGUCACAUCCAUCGACUAUUCGAUGAGAUUGAUACGAGUCAUGAUGGCAGAAUAAACUUGGAAGAGUUCACUGCUGGAAUGGCUCAGCUCGAUAUUCACCUUUCUCCCGAAGAGGCGAGGAAGGAGUACAGUACCAUUGACAUGGACCACGGUGGGAUGAUCCUUUUCACUGAGUUCUGUGCGUACAUUAGACAUCGAAUACAUCCGGACAGUGAUCCGGCCUUUGAUGCAGAUAUUGUGUCCAAAGACAAGUCCAACGAGACUCUGCGAAAGAAGCAUGGCGACAAGGCGACGCACGGUCACUUCGUAAACAAAAAGAGCCUUGCGGACUUUGACAAGCUCGAGAAGCAGUUGAAGGACAUAUUAAAAGCAAACGACCAGGCACAAUUGAAAAAGAUGUGGAAGCGGCUGGAUUUCAAUGGUAACAAUAUUGUCUCUCUUGCAGAGGUUGGCAAAAUGGUGAAUGAGCAGUACCCGCUGCUCAACCACCAGCCAGCGCUAAUGCGAGCCUUCAAGGCUACUCUCGAAAGAGGAAACGGUGACGAGUGGGUGCAGAAGAGCGAGUUCAAGAUGCUUCUUGGAAAUCUUUUCUAUUUCAACAAGCUCUACUGGCUUUUCGACCAGGUAGACGAGGACCACGACCGGCGGAUGACUCUGAAGGAGUUCCAAUGGUGCAUGUCUGUCUGUGGUAUCAAGAUGUCGCAAGCCAAGUGCGAGGCUGAGUUCAAGAAGGUGGACGUGAAUGGCGGUGGGAUCGUGCUUUUCGACGAGUUCUGCAGAUACUUCACCGAUAGGCAGUGCCCGGAAACCAUGAAGGAGUUCGUUGAUGACCUGUGA